AUGGCUAAAGAUGCAUCCCUUUCUAGCACGGCUAAGAAGAUGACGAUAGUCCAUAAAUGUAUGUUCUUUGCCAGUAUUAUAAUGUGGGCAAUGUCAACCGCGCACCUGGGCCUCCUCAUACAACGUCUGUCAUACGGGAAAAGCACUCUUUGGGAAGCAAAAGCUGCUGUGUCUCUCGCCACCUUGCAGCUACUUGCAGUAUUGUAUCAGAAAGGCGGCACCAACCUUGAAUGCAUCAGGAAGAAACAGGGAAUUCUUCCGACAUUAAUCCUACUCACUGUGCACUUUGAGCUCGCGCCGGGCAGCCGUGUAUCAAGCUCAGAAUUUAUGCUCUCUACUGAUCAUGAAUUCCAGACGGCGGAGGCGCCGGCUAUAACCUUUAAAGAGGGUACAAGUAUUGGUUAUUCGGGGUCGAAAACAACUGUGAGCACUUUGAAGGAUGGAACCAGUGACGAGCCACUUGAGAAGAGAUAUGAGGUAUAG